AUGAGGCAUAGUUAUCAAGAAGACAGCACCGGUGACUCACCAUUGUUGAAGGUAGAAUUCGAAGUAGGAAGGACCCUGAUACUACAACCUAAGCAAGUUGUAAGAGGCACCGUAGUACUCAUAAUACCAGAGCGAAGUAGGUCAUUAUGGGUUUCCGGAGUUAAGAUCAGAUUUAGAGGGGAAGAAAUUGCUUCUGUUAAGUCAAAGGACGCCGAAACAGGGACAAUGCGUCGUGCGAAUGUUGCACGGACGAUAUACUUCGAACGUAAUUAUGUUGUCUGGCCUAGUGCUUUGGAAAGUCAACCGAGAGCAAAUGAAUAUCGUCCUUGGUCUGAGCUUAAUUCAGGAAUAUAUAGAUUUGAUUUUGCGUUAAAGUUGCCAGCAGUUAAUUUCCCCCCAUCGAUCGAGGGUCCUAAAGGAUUUUCAAUACGUUAUAUUUGGCAACCAAUAAUAGAAGGCUCAGGAGGACCCCUUGUUGAAGGUCCUGAAGUUGUGACAUUAUUUAUUCCAAUAUCUUUUGCGCCACCGGCUGAAGAGUGGAUUUUCAGGGAUACUUUAUACUAUGACAAUAAACCGCAAAAGAAAAUGAAUUCACUAAUAGAGGUAGAAGCUGUACUUCCGAAACAUGUUUUUUCACCUGGGGAAGAGAUAAAAAUUUCACUUUCCCUCACAAAUCGUUCUAAUGGACGUAUUACGCGUGUUCAGAUUUCUCUUCGUAAACAUUAUGAAGGCCCGCUGGAUACGGAAUUUGUUUGCGAGAAACACGAACGUGCGCUUGUCUCAUCAGAUAAACGAUGUGAUAUAGGGACAACGGGAGGUCGGAUAACAGGAAAUUUAGAGUUUUUCCUUUCAAUACCUCCAAAAUUUUAUCAAGUUCCCCCCACAUUCGAAGGUCGUCAUCUAAGGGUGUACUACACCUUACGAUGCGUAAUUCAGUCUGAGAUGGGAAGGUUAUUUACAAAGAUGCAGUAUCAUGAAGUAACUAUUCCAAUCGCUAUUGCACCAUAUGCUCACAUACCACACGAUAAAAUUUCCGAAUUAAACUUUCCUUCACAUGAAGAAUCACAACUUUCGCCGUUUUUCUUUGAUCCUCGUGAAGAUUUUCCACCAGACGAUAAGGAAACUCAAAAUAAAAAUGGUGCACUAUCUUACGACUCAAUACUAAAUUUGCCACUAAACAAUUAUGUAAAUGAAGAUUAUUCCAGUGAGGAUAGAUCCAGUGGCUUUACGUAA